UCUGUCUGCAAAGCAACAUUCAAACACCACUUUGAGACUUGGUGUGUGUGAGAAGUGAAGAGAGGAGAGCAGAGCUGAGGACAUCCCCCCCCCAAGAGUUGAGAGCAAAAAGCAGUGCGCUGGGGAGAUUCAUGUCUGUCGUCUGUCUUCUUUAUGAGGAUUUUACAAUCUGAGGGGGAACAAAAGCAAUAUUGAAAAAGUUAGCCAUGAGAAAUGCUUUGCAGUGGCUAUCUGGGGAAGUUGUAUAGCAAGUGACCAGGGCUCUAAAGCAGCCUCUCUUUCCCUCUUCCCUCCAAACUUUAGCUGUAUUUAAUGGUCAAGUAUUUAUUUGGAUCCCCAGGCUAGCCCAGUUGCUCUUUUUCUCCCUGCCUGGAGAGUCCUGUGAAGCAGGAGAGAUGCAUGUGGUGUGGCUCAAGCCGGGACCCCCCAGCUUCCUGGUCCUCUGGACUCCACUCUUCCUACUGCUGCACUCCAUCCUGGCCGACUUCACCCUGGAUAAUGAGGUGCACUCCAGCUUCAUCCACAGGAGGCUCCGCAGCCAAGAGCGUCGGGAGAUGCAACGAGAAAUCCUCUCCAUCCUGGGUUUGCCCCACCGGCCCAGGCCCCACCUCCAUGGCAAACAGAACUCAGCCCCCAUGUUCAUGCUGGAUCUCUACAAUGCCAUGUCAGUGGAAGAGGAGGUCGGCGGAGAGGAGGGCCAGGGUUUCUCUUACCCUUACAAGCCCAUCUUCAGCACCCAGGGUCCUCCGCUUGCCAGUUUGCAGGACAGUAACUUUCUCACUGAUGCGGAUAUGGUCAUGAGCUUCGUCAAUCUGGUGGAGCAUGACAAAGAGUUUUUCCACCAACGCUAUCAUCAUCGGGAAUUCAGGUUUGAUCUCUCCAGGAUCCCAGAGGGAGAAGCUGUGACUGCUGCUGAAUUUAGGAUAUACAAGGAUUACAUCCGAGAACGCUUUGAUAAUGAAACUUUCCGGAUCAGCGUCUACCAGGUGCUUCAGGAGCACACAGGGAGGGAUUCCGAUUUGUUUCUGCUUGACAGUCGAACUCUCUGGGCUACGGAGGAGGGUUGGCUGGUAUUUGACAUUACAGCCACGAGUAAUCACUGGGUGGUGAACCCACAGCACAACCUCGGCCUGCAGCUGUCAGUGGAGAGUCUAGAUGGACAAAGCAUCAAUCCCAAGAUGGCAGGUCUGGUUGGAAGACAUGGUCCCCAGAACAAGCAGCCGUUCAUGGUAGCAUUCUUCAAGGCCACAGAAGUACAUCUUCGUAGUGUCCGGUCUACAGGAAGCAAGCAACGCAGCCAAAACAGAUCAAAGACACCUAAGAACCAGGAAGCUUUGAGGAUGUCCAAUAUUGCAGAAAACAGUAGCAGUGACCAGAGGCAAGCCUGCAAGAAACACGAACUCUAUGUCAGCUUCCGAGAUCUGGGCUGGCAGGACUGGAUAAUUGCCCCUGAAGGUUAUGCAGCCUACUAUUGUGAAGGAGAGUGUGCUUUUCCCUUGAAUUCUUACAUGAAUGCCACAAACCAUGCUAUUGUUCAGACACUGGUACAUUUUAUAAACCCAGAGACCGUGCCGAAGCCUUGCUGUGCUCCAACCCAACUCAAUGCCAUCUCCGUUCUCUACUUUGAUGAUAGCUCCAAUGUCAUUCUAAAAAAAUACAGGAACAUGGUUGUUCGGGCCUGUGGUUGUCAUUAGGUUUGCAUCAGUUUAGCCUCAGGUUUCAGAUCUUCUUGUGCUGCAGAAGGAACUCCGUUCUGGAUCAUUUGGCAAAGAGCUGGGGCCUUCCACAACAUGUCCUUUUAAAAGGAGCCACACCGUGCUGCCAUUUUCAAGGGUGUGGUGUUUGCGUGUGUGUGUGUGUGUAUGUGUGUGUGUACACUCGCGUGUGCAUGUGUAUAAAAGGUGCAGGGAUGAUUGAGCAAAAUCUCAAGAGCAAGAUGCUGCAAGUUGGCACAAGAAAAACAAAGCAGAAACAGUCUUACCGAAAACCUGGCCAUGACGAUUGGCUUCUAAGUCUCAAUCCGAAGAUUACUCACUCUCUGCGGGUAAUUAUGAACACCCCUUCAUCGAGGCCACCCAGCAGGGUAGGGGUGUGUAUGUCUGUGUGUGUGCGCGUGUGCACGUCUAUAUGUGCUUAGUAAGAAUGACUUGGAAGUUCCUGAAAUAAAAGUCACAAUAAAACGAAUGAAUGAAAAAUGGUUAGGAUGUUAGAUACAUUUCCUAAACAAUUUAUCCCAAUUCCUUUAUUUACCCCAACUUCAUAAACAGAAGCUGUGGCUGGGUAUCAGAGGGCCCUGAAAUCCCAGAAAGGUCUCGGCAUUUGACUCACAAGAACAGAAAGCAUGUAUGGGUUUAUUCACUCAAAACACAAGUAGGUAGAAGGGAAAAUAAAUUUCCACUCUGGGGGAUGUGUUGACGUUGAUUGGAGAAGGAAAAAUCCAAAGUAAAUAAACUCCAAAGGACGUGUUCA